UCGUUCCUGCGGUCGUUGACCCCGGAAGCCCGCUGUCCCGGCGCGUGCCGUGUCAGUUCAAACAGCUGGCGGCACGCAUGGUGGCAGGUCGGCAGGAUCGGGACAUCACAGGAGACAAGUUUUCACACGUGGACCCGGUGUUGUACAAGAUUCCAAACUGACGAGAAGCGUUCUGGAGAGGGAAGUUUGGCUGCCAGAUGACCAGAUAUCUGUGAACAAGAACUGAAGAAUCUGGGAGUUCAACUUCAAGCAAGGAGCCGAGCCCACUUGUCUCAGCAUUCCUCUGUCAGAAGGACCCACAAAGACAAAAGGUGAUCGGAUUUCCCGCGUUGGAGAGGGCAUUCACCGAAGGUUCCACGUGAAAGAUUACACGGCAGAACUAUCCAUUGUGACCCUCGGCACCCAGCUGUGAUAACGGAAAAGGACCCUUGUUGUCGACUACUGGCGGGGGACCCUGCCAUAUUUUCCACAGAAGCUCCUGGAGGACUGGGUAUAUAAAGGAAAAAGUGUGCCACAGACUUCAGUACAGCUGAACACAAGGAACUCCAACUUCGUACAAGCAAGCUGCUUUGGGAUCCGUUGAUACAAUAUAGUUGAGACUGAAGGAAGAGUGAAGCAGAAGUAUGGAGAGUCAGCUGGAGAUGGUGGCACUGCUGCUGAUGUGGCUGGUUUCACUGGUCAGCGGUCAGGGAGCGAAGACUUUCGACUGGCAUGCAGCAUACGACUACCCCUCCAGUACACCGUUUCCCGACAGUAUGAAGUGUUGGACGUGCGUUGACGGUGCGGACGAUAACUACAACUGUAACAGAUGGGCGCCCGAUGUCUGGUGUCCGGAAGGAACAAGGUACUGCCACACUGUUCACCACAUGAACGAGGUCGGGCAGAGUAUCAAGGUGUGGAAGAAGUGCGCUGCUGUGGACGAGUGUAGCGGAUCAAAUGUGGGAUGUUCGAACACAGACAUACCUGGAGUCAAGAAAUGUGUCUCUUGCUGUGAAGGCCACAUCUGCAAUUACGAUGUCCCCACGAACGAGACCAAUGCGGUGUUUGAGAGACAAACAGCAAGCAGCGCCUCCUACCUCAGGUCAACAGAACUGCUGCUUGUCACAGCUGCACUCUUCAUUGUGUUGAGAAUAUUGUAACAUAAGCAAAAGUAGAGAUGUAGCAUAACUUGUACAAAAGAAUGUAUAUACAGAAAAUUAUAUUUCUAGUCUACAUUUACCCCUUCUCAGAAUGAACUUAGUCCUGUGACAUAUCUUUUCUGUACAGCUGCUAAGAAAACAGGACAGCAUAUUUUGAAAAGAAGGGGUAGGUUUUAUCUUUAUCAAGUGUUAUUUGUACAGAACAUUCAAAGAAAAAUCGGCUUGUGCUUUGCAUGUGUUCGCAUUUCUAUAGUCAUAUUUUCCCUUGUGUGCUAUGCUGCUUUAAGCUCAGUUGAAGGGGUGGCAAAUAUGCGUGCUGUACUUGUGUUUGGGUUUAACUUCAAUAGAUUACAUGGAAUUUUCAGUCCCAACAUGGACAAAAGCUGUUGCAUUUGUCUACAAAUCAGUAUUUUCAUCAUGUGGAGUAUUUGCUCUGUGAUGAUGUAAUGUGUAUAAAAGUAUUUGUUACGAACAAGAUUUCAUUGACACAAAUCAUGAGAACAAAAUAUGGUGAUAGGCCAUAGCAUGCAGGAAAAACCAUACUGCUUUCCAUGUUAAAGAUUGUAUUCCUCUGGAGCUGCUAAAUGUUAUAUCUCUGUCACAAAGCCAUGGCUCUAUUUAUUUGUUUCUACCAGCUUUACUAGCUACUUAAAUAUGCCUAAAAGUGCUGAGCUUUUGAUACUUAAAGCUUCUCGCCAUAGAUACAUGUUAGUUUAAUUUUUCUGGUUUACAUUGAAUGAUCACAAAGAUAUUUCACCUUUCUUGUUUGAUUAAAAUCACUGCACAAUCAGAAUUAGGAUCAAUCAACUGUUCUUCACCUUGCACACUUUUGUUGAAAUUUCAUUCGCUUUCACCAUUCCACUCUCAUCACCUAUACUUUUAUGUUUGUGUAAGAAAAUUCUGUUGUUUCAUUGAAUGAAUAAAUUUUUAAUAUUAA